CGCUGUGACAUGCUUAUGUUUGGUCGGGAGUCAAAUAUACAGUCACACAACGCUUUAUACUGAUUUAGCGGCAACACCGGUCUGAUCGACGCGGAUCAAAAUGAAUGUCAUUGCAAGAAAUAUAUGUUCUGCAGCCCUACGAGUUGCUCGUCAGGAACCCAGUGUGAAAUCUUUCUGUAAAACUUUGCCGAAUUUCCAACCAGCAAGGUUCAAGUCAAACGCAGUUACUUUCCCCGCUGGCUUGAUCUUUCGACAAUUGUUUGACUAUCAGUCAUACACAUACACUUACCUGCUAGGAGAUGAUGAGACAACUGAGGCAGUACUCAUCGACCCUGUCAUAGAGCUUGUAAAGAGAGAUGCACGUGUUAUUGAAGAUUUGGGACUUAAACUGAUCUUUGCUUUGAAUACCCAUGUACAUGCCGAUCAUGUGACUGGUACCGGUGAAUUAAAAAAGCUGUACCCAAUGUGUCGCAGUGUGAUAGCAGAAGUUUCCAAAGCAAAGGCUGAUGUUCAUGUAGUUGAAGGUGAUGCCAUAACAUUCGGUAGAUUUACAUUAAAAGUAGUGUCUACUCCAGGUCACACAGAAGGAUGUCAAACCUACAUACUCCAUCAGAACGGUAAAUCCGUUAUCGCUUUCACCGGAGAUGCGUUAUUAAUCAGGGGGUGUGGGAGAACCGAUUUCCAACAAGGUGAUUCUGCCCAGUUAUAUGACUCUGUCCAUGAUAAAAUAUUAUCCUUACCACCUCAAACAUUUCUGUAUCCAGCCCAUGACUACGCAGGUCAAACAGUUACAACAGUUGAGGAGGAACUUAGAUGUAAUCCAAGACUGACAAAGUCAAAAGAAGAAUUUAUUGAAAUCAUGAAAAAUUUGAAUUUGCCAUACCCAAAAGCUAUCGAUCGUGCGUUGCCAGCUAACAUGGUGUGCGGUGUGUUUGAUACGCCAACGUCAUAA